AAUUUAAGUUCAUAAUAAAUCCAUAUAAUAACAAUACCAAGUACUUUCAUCCUUUUGACUUUCUAAACUAAAGCAUUGAAAUUCGAGGUUUUCGGUGAUUGUUUUUUUCUAAACUCGAAUUGAAGAAGGAUCAUCUUUAUAGUUCAAUAGUGAAUAAUGGCAGCCAUUCAACUCGAUGAUCGUGAUCGGACUAUUGCCAUGGGACGAGGUCUCUAUAGAUCUUCAUCUCCUGGAACAAUAAGACUAGAGACAAGAGUGAAAGAUCUUGAAGAUCAAUUGGAUGAAGAACGUUCUCUACGAAUAAAGACGGAAAGGGAGCUUGCUGAAAUUAAUGCUGAGUUCGACAUAUUAAAUGCAGAUUUUCAAAAUGCUAGAGAACAAAUAAGUCAACAAGAGGAAACUAUCAAAAGACGGGAACAAGAGUUUGCUCGUGUUCAUAGAGAGCUGGGUACAAUUCGUGAUGCAAAUGAAGAAAGUUUGGAAAAUUUAAGACGUCGUCAUCAAACCACAGUCAAUGAUCUUAAUCUUGAAAUAAAUGUUCUUCAAAAAGCGAAAUCCAAAGCUGAAAAAGAAAGAUCUGAAAUGGCUAGACAAUUGGAAAAUGCUUUUAUUGAAGUUGAAGAUGCUAAUAAAGCGAAAACUGUUGCUCAAUCAAAACAAGAAACACUUGAAUCUCAAACUAUAAGAUUGAGAGCGAACUAUGAAGAGAGUCAAAAACGUAUUACAGAACUUAAUUCACAAAAUGCUCAACUGAUUGCUGAAGCAACUGAACAGGCUAGAACUAUAGAAAAGUUAAAUACGUCUUUGGCAAGUUGUCAGAGAGCACAAUCGAUUGCUGAAUCAGUAGGAGAAGACCAUAAGAGAGCUUUAGAAGAAGAAAUAAAGACUAGAACCUUAGUACAAAAUAAAUUAAAUACAGUACAACAAGAACUAGAUACAUUAAUUCAUAGAGCAGAUGAUGAAGCUGAAAGUGUAGUGAAACUUCAAACUCAAGUUACUAGGCUUACAAGUGAAUUAACACAAACUAAAACAAAAUAUGAAAAAGAAUUCAAUGAGAAAACUGAAGAAUUUGAUGAACUCAAACGUCGUUUGAACAAUCGUAUCAAUGAAUUAACAGAAUCCUAUGAACUUGAACGUGGUCGAGUUAUUAGUCUUGAACGUACCAAGAAUCAAUUAGCUAAUCAAUGUCAAGAAAUACAAUCUCAAUUAGAUAACUUAUUUGCUGAAUGCACUGAACAUGUUCAAACUAUCAAAAGCCUGGAAAGUCAAAAGACAGAACUGGAAUCGGUUUUAGAAGAAACUCAAACUGAAGAAAGUAAUUUACGAACAAAAUGCGGUUUAUUACAAAGGGAUCUUAUUCAAAUUAGAGCUGUUAAGUCUGAACUAGAGGAACGUUUGACGGUGUUGGAGAAAGAGAACAAACAAAAUACUGAAAAACUAAAAGAAACUAAAGAACGUUUAUCAGCUGUUAAUCGACAAGUUACUGAUUUGGAGAGUUCUCGAGCAAGACUAGAAACGGAAAGAGAUAAUCUAGACUCUACAUUAAAAGAUACAGAAGAUGCUUUACAUGAAUGUGAAACUCGUUACCAAACAACAUAUUCAGCUUUAAGUACUUUAAGAAAUGAAUUUGAACGUCAAUCAAGAGAUAAAGAGGAAGAAAUGGAAAGUUUAAGACGUUCAAGUCAACGUAAUGUGGAAAAUCUUAAAGCAACUGUAGCAGAUAUGGAAAUGAAAAAUCAAAAUGAAUUAGAUCGACUUAAAAAGAAACUAGAAGGAAAUAUAAAUAAUUUACAAGUUCAAUUAGAAGAUGAAAAAGCUGCUCAUUCAGAAACUAUUAAAUUACAUCAAGAAGCAGAAGCACAUAUUUGUCAAUUAGAAAUAGAUAUAACAGAACUAAAUAAUUUGGUUUCUGAAACUGCAACCACUUUACAGAUAUGCGAAAGUCGUCGAUCUGCUUUAUCAAAUGAAGUAGAAAGCUUAAGGAGUCAAUUAGAAAUCACAGAAAGAUUAAAACGAAAACUGGAAGAAGAGUCAUCGGAAAAUAUGUCAAAAUUUGGUGGUUUGACAAUACAAAUAAAUAAUCUGACAGCAGAAAAACGAAAACUUGAGGGUCAGAUAGCUGUGCUUGAAGGUGAUUUAGACGACGCUACAGGUGCAAAAGAUGUUGCCACAGAGAGAGCAGACAGACUUCAAAAUGAAGUUAACCGUCUGGCUCAAGAACUUCAAACUGAACAGGAGUCGUCACGUCGAGCAGAUACUGCAAGAAGGCAAUUGGAAGCAGAACUAAAAGACUGCAAUGCUAAGAUUUUGGAAAGCCGAAGAGCAGCUGAUACAGCAGAACGUGAAGCUGAUGAUGCCAAAAGUCAAGCCGAGAUUAAAAUACGAGAGUUGCAGCUAGCUUUGGAAGAAGAAUCUAGAAAGUCAAGAGAGGCCCAAACUCAACUAAGAAAAUGUGAGAGAGCACUCAAAGAAUCAGUACAAGCUGAACAAGAUGCUGGGCAUAUGGUAAACGAACUACGUGAGAUGGUUGAACGAGCUCAAACAAAACUGAAACAAACCAGGAAACAGUUAGAAGAAGCAGUAUGUGUACUUUGUAAAAUGUUAGGUUCAAUUAAAUCAACUACUAGUAAAUAAUUAUAGGUAAUACACUGUGAAUAGAUUAAUCUCAAUGCCUAUUAGAAAACAGCACAGUUGCUUACUGUAAAACAACAAAUCUGUCUGCUUGGUUUGAUACGGUAACAAUAGCAAAUAUAUGUGCACUAUACUUAUUUCCUUAAGAACGUCGGCACUCUUUUCAGUGGUUAUGAAUGUUUUAUUUUUCUUCGGUAGCAUUAUCGAAGUACAAAUGACAGAUUAAAUAUUCCAUGUGAGAAGUAUACAAAUUACAGUGAAUGAUGCAUCUGAUCACAUGAUUGAAUUUUUUUUUAAAUGAGACGAUUUUAUUUUUACGAUAGAUUGAUAACCAAUUAUGUUAAGAAUUUAAUUUAAUUUAAUUACAGGAAAAUGCUGCUCAAACUGCUUCAAUGAAAUAUCGUAAAGCACAACAACAAGUGGAUGAUGCAGAUUUACGUGCUCAAAUGGCUGAAAGACGUAUAGGUUUAACUGCUCAAGAAGAUAAUGUAACAACUUAUGGAAAUUACAAUAGACAACGAUCUGGUAGUCUUUAUCCAACUAGAACAAGAAAUUAUUCAGUAACACGUGAAGGAUCCGUAUUUAGUGUUAUGAGUGAAUUACCAGCCUCUCCACAUAAAACUCGUUUUCAAACAGCUAUUCCAAAAUGGAAUAAUCGACAUGAAUUAGGAAAUUAUCAAAAAGAAAAUGGUAGUUCAUUAAGUCUUCUUGAUCUACCACCGGCUGAUACAAGUUGUAGUUGAUUCUGUACUAAUCAAUUAGACUAGUAACAAAUUAAAUUAGUCACAUUUUUGUUCACCCUUUUAUUACUAUUAUCUAUAUAAUCAUUUACACUUUAAUGUUUUGACAACUUUUCAUAUAAUUCCAUCUUAUUACUUUGUAAAACAAUUGAAUUACUAGUAAAUGUUUAUUAAUAAUUUCCAUUUGCCAUACCCUGUUGAAAUGAAUUUUCUUUAAAGUGAUCCACUUUAAACAAAUCCAUAGUUGAGUAUUUUUUUUUCUUUUUUCUUUUUUUUCAAUUUUACAACCAACUGGAAUUAGUGAAUUAAUUUCAAUGAUAACAUUUUUCUUUUUUUUUUCCCAAAAAAAGAAAGAAAGAAAGACGAACCACUUAUGUUAUACAUGGUAUAACAUUUGAUUUAUUGCGCAUUAUUAUUUGUUUAGUCUAGUGUAUAUUUGUGUUUCAUAUUUUGAAUGAAUUAAGUUUAUCAGUAUGUUGCUCUUUUUUUCUUUCCUUUUUUCUUUUUUUUCAGAAGAAAAUUCCUUUAACCAUGAAUGAUUAUUAGUUACCAUUGUAGACCAUAUUAGUAAACAUUAUGAUUUUAUGAAUCAUUAUUGGUAAAACAGUUUCAUAUUGAU